GCUGCUCGUGGCGUGACUUCCAGAAGUAUCAAGUGCUAUAACUUUCCAGGAUGUUUCUGGAGUUCAUCUCCCGACAGUAUCGGAAUCAAUUUGCCGCAGUUGUUGCUGCAAAUCUGAUAGCGGCCGGCUAUGGAAUUACGGUGGGAUGGACGGCACCAAUUAUCCCACUGCUGCAGUCCCUGGACAGUCCGCUGCCGUCGGGGCCCAUUAGCACGGCCGAAGCGUCCUGGAUUGGGUCCGUGAUGGGUUUCGGGGGUGUCACGGGAACGCUGCUGAUUGCCCCCAUCCACACGUACUUUGGCAAGAAGGUGGCACUGCUGUCGCUGGCGGUUCCGCACCUUAUUUUGUGGACAUUGCUAUAUCUCGGUGACAACGUGUUCUACAUCUACGCCGCCAGAGUUUUGGCAGGCAUCACCGGCGGUGGUAUGUUCGCACUGGUGCCACUCUUCGUUGCGGAUAUUGCCGACCGAAGGAUUCGCGGCACGCUCGGUUCACUGACGGUGCUGCACAUAAACUUUGGCUUGCUGGCGGUGUACACCGCCGGGAAUUACCUGUCGUACCACACAAUACCGCAAAUUAUGAUCUGCCUUCCGGUGGCGUUUGCGGCGUUCGUUUGCCUGCUACCCGAUACGCCCUACUGUCUACUCCGGAAAGGCCGGCUCGACGAUGCGGAAAAAUCACUCAUGUUCUAUCGGAACGUGGCCCCGGAGGAUCUGGCCAGUGGGACGCCACAGGGGUUGGCCUUCGUGGAGGAAUUUGAAAACUGGAAGGUUUUUGUGCGGGCCGAAGAUGACAAAGAGAAGCUGACGCUGGCGGAUUUUGCAACUCCAGCCGCGAUUCGGGGCAUGGCUAUCGGCAUCUUUCUGAUGGCCAUGAACAUCUACACGGGACUGUUUGCCAUCGUGACCUAUGCCGGAAAUAUUCUCAUCGCUUCCGGGACCUCGAUUGAUCCGAAGCACGCCAUGAGCGCGCUUGCCAUUGUCAUCAUUCUGGGAAAUCUCACGUCGUUUGCUAUCAUCGAUAAAGCUGGAAGGAAGAUCUUCCUCAUCAUCUCAAACGCCUCCAUGGGAACGUUUCAUGCAAUAUUGGGCAUUCAUGCGUACCUCUUCGAGGCCGAUCCCGACAUUGGCUUUGCCUGGCUUCCGGUCGUUUGUCUUGCCGGAACUAUUUUUUCUGCAACACUGGGCGUUACGAACAUUCCGUACUUUGUACUACCGGAAAUUCUUCCAGCGAAGAUUCGAAGCAUCGGCUGUACCAUUUGCUUCGUGCUGAUGAGUUCGAUGGCAUUCGUUUUGACGAAAACAUUCCCCAUGGUGCUGGAACAAUUUAAACUUUACGGUGCGGUUGGGGUGUUCACUACGGUGUGUGCCACCUCGAUUGUGAUUAUCAUCUUUUGGAUGCCCGAGACGAAGGGGAAGAAUCUUAUCGUGGAGGAAAAGGAUGGAAAGGGGGUGUUGGCAGGGAAAGGGAAAAUGUGAAUUGGAAAAAUGUUUAAAAAUAUUUGUGGUAUAGUAACUAAUAAAAUGCAAUUUUCG